UUGAAGGAGGGUGGGGGUGGUGUGAAGAAAUCCUAAUAGCUUCCCCUGAACUUGUUGCGCUGUUUGUUCAACGCGAGCUUUUGGCGACUUAAGUCUUGUUUAUUUUCCUGCGCGUUUAUUUUAUCUGUGAAGAGCUUAUAUAAAGGAAAACUGAAAUAAACAUUAUUAUGCCGAAGAAAAGACCAGAGAAGGAAUCUGUUUAUUUCCAAGAUCAAAAAAGGGAGAAGAGGCAACGCCACAAUCCUGGUUUCUAUGCCAGCUUUGUGAAGGGCUUAGUUUCUCAAUCGGGUCACCAUGAAGACAGGACUAAAGACAAAAUAUUACCUCACCUACAAAAGGGGAAGAAGACUGCAGAAUGUUUACAAAAAGCAAACAAAAAGAAAACUGCCUCCAUCAGUGAAGAAUAUUCAGAGUUUUCUUUGCUGUCACUGCCAGAAUGUGAAGUAGAAACCACAGAGUGCAGUUCUAGUAGUAAUCCGGAAUCAAAGAACUUAAGGACAAUAUCCAAAUCUGUCAUCAACGUGAGAAAGGAUGUAAACUCAUAUUCUCAUAUUUUUAUGAAGGAUUUUACCUGCGGUUCCAUGUUAAAACCAAACUUGAGAAUACCAGGUCAUUUCAAGAAGCAAAGAAAACAAAAGUGCAGCUUUGUCACAUCUAAUGACAGAAGAAAUGUUGAGGCACAUAACACAUUGAACAAAGACAUGAAAUAUGUGACUAAGGGUAGAAAACAUUCUGUAUCUGGUGGUAGUACUUGUAAUAUUGCCACAGUUGUUAAUAAGAAUUGUGAGCAGUUCAGAGGCCAUCAUCCACCAGGAGAAGAUGAUAAACUCAAGCACACUGGCAUCCAGUGUGAUAUGUCUAGUCUGCAGGAAGACAAUGCUGAAGAAACUUCAAGUUUUGAUUCAAAUGGGAAUGGUAUCAUCAAUAUUAAUGACAUUUUAACUGCUGACCGAGCUGAACAUACAGUAAAUGCGAGAUGUAACGAUCUUGAUGUUUGCCACAAUGACAAGACAUUCCAGACUGUUUUAGCCACUGUGGAAGAAGAUAUUGUUUCUCUUCCUGGGAUGAAAGAAUUUUUACUUAGGGAACUGCCAUCACAGAUGAAUGUUCUUGUGCAGCAGCUUAAAGAGCGAGUAGUUAUUACUGGCUCUAUUGAGCAGCUUAACAGGAUCUGGACUACACUCUCAAAGAAGAAACAAGAACACUAUACAAAGGAAAACAAAAUUUGCGAAGAAAGGGGAAAAGCUUUGGCAGAGAUGGUAUGCAACCUAGACUGCAGUUCUUUUAGGUCGUUAGACGUUUCCUGCAGGGCUUCAGAUAAGGAUGAAAUGGCCCAGUCUUCUCGAACUGGUCAGCGUGUGGUUUUUGUUGAAAAUGGCCAUGGCAUUUCACUGCAAGUGAAUGUAGAGGUGCCUACUUCUCAGCUCAGUUCUUCAGCCAACAUAACUAGCCCACAACCUAGCCAAAACUGUAUGCCGCUUUCUUCAGUCCCUGGAUCUAGCAUGAAUGUAAACAGAAAUCGUGAUGAAGAGGAUUGUCAUAAGUCUGUCUUUGCUGUUUCUGACAUUCAGGAAUCUUCACCAGAAGGAGAAAUUUUGGCAUUAGAGGAGAAAGUUGGAGAAGGAAAUGCAAGUGAUGAAACUUCUGACUUGAUGCAGUUUUCAGUGAGUGAUGAAGCAUUGCUAUCCCAGCCUGAACAUAAUACAAAUUUUAUGAUAUCCUCACAAAAAGCAGGCAAAAAUUACAUAAUGGGUACUGUUGACUCUUUAGAAUGUAUCAGUGAAGAACAAACAGUAAUUGUUGAUGGAGAAAAUGCAGUAGGUACAAUACUGGAAGAAAAAACUGUUGAUAGUUCAAACAGUGACACAGGUCCUGCGAUCAGGCUGACAGACUUUGGAAUGGUUUCUCCAUCGUCUGGUGGCUUCUUGCCAUCUUCACAGACACUGCAAUGUGGACUUUGCAAUACUGUGUGUCAGAGUGAAGAACUGGCUUUGAAGCAUAUGAAAACUGUGCAUAGGAAUGGUACGCUGAACACUUGUGAAGUAUGCGGAGUGGCCUUCCCUGAAAAACGAGGAUUGCUUGUUCAUCUCAAAGCCAAACAUGAAGGUUCUGGAUGCACCUGUCAGAUUUGUGGGAAAAAGUUUCAGUGCCAUCGAUACCUCCGCACUCACCUGCAGCGACAUGCAGGUGUCAAAAGUUGUGCAUGCACAAUAUGUGGGUGGCGAUUCUUUGAACAGCACAAACUCAAAUUUCACAUGGAAACACAUAAAACUGCUGAAGAGAGAAAUCUGCCUUUCAAGUGCAAACUGUGCAAUAAACAAUUUGUAAACAAGGCAACGUACAGUGAUCACUGCAACACUCAUUCUGGGCUUCGGCCUUUUACCUGUCGUGUUUGCAAUGCUGCUUUUGGACACAGAGUGGGCCUGAGACGGCAUUUAAAAACCGUUCAUGAGAAGGCCAGACCCUACGCAUGCAGUUACUGUCACUAAGAUUUCACCUACAAAGCCAAGCUAGAUUCUCAUCUCAUCUUGCACACAGGCAUCAGUAAACACAGGUGUGAACUGUGUGGAAAGGUAUUCACUGCCCGAACAUCUCUCCAGCGACACCGGGCUAAAUGUUCACUUGGGCUGAAGACAACAGCCCACAUUACCUUUAGUGCAAGGGACAUCACCAGCCAGCCAGCCAAAUGGGGACAGUGAUUCAGUAUUUCUCUGUGGCAUUUGUGACAAGGCUUUUGCAAAUUAUGAGGAAGCAGAACAGCACAUUGUCUUGCAUGACUCCAGGGCAUCUUCAUCAUCCGAUAGACUUGUUCAGGAAGAAUGCACAAAUACAAGGAAUGGUGAAGCCUCACAUUUUCUGCAGAGCAUCACUACCUCUCAGCCUGAGAUGCAGUCUGUUGAAGCAGAGGUAGUCUGCUAUGCUGUGGGCAGUGUGUCUGGAGUUGUGACUGGUCAGCUAGGUCCCAAGUCUUCUCUGGAGCACAGUAUGACUAGUGGACAGGAUGACCCAUGUGCACUGAGAACGACUCAGAGAGGCACAUUGAAAAGUCUGAACGAGGAGGAACAAGUUCAGCUGGUAGCAAGCACACUAGCAGACUUAUCCACCUUAUGUUAGAUUCAGCACAGCUCGGCAAUGGGACUCUUCACUCUGGGAAAUGCUUUUUAUCACAUUUUACCACAUGAAAUAAGACACAAAUACUCUUGAAACUCAUAAACUACAAGUUAUAAAACUCUCUGCAAUUCAGCUGCAUGCUUACAGUCAAACCAUGAUCCUUAAGUGUGUUCACUUGUGAAUGAAAGUUCAUUGUGCGAUGAUAACUGCUCGGCCAGUUAUUAAUUUGUGCUAUCAUUAAAAUUGGGUCACAUCACUAUUACUUGAAAAUAAGCUUGAAGAACACCCAGAUGUGUAUUCAAAUGCAAGAUAAUACAAAAGACACAGGCUAGUGCGCACAUACAUGCAUGUGCCUUAAAACUUAUGCAGAGCAAGGAGGAGAGCAAUAAAAUGAUAUCAUGAAAACACCAUAUUGAACAGAAGAUGGAAAAAAAACGAUUUAAGAGAAUGAAAACAUAGGGUUCAAAACACCUGUUGUCCAAAGACAGUUUGAUUUUAGUAAAGUGUGAAGGAGGCACGAAGUCAUCCUUCUGUGAAGUUUCCAGAACACUUUCUGGAAUGCACUUAGAGCUUUUAAGUUUCAUUGUGAGAGACAGGCACUUUAAAGUCGACUAAUGUCGCAGUUAAUACUACUUCAGGAAGAAAAGCGCAGAUCGAUUUCUGUAUGUACUUCAACAUUUUAAGCUUAAAUUUUUGUAUAGACAUCCUUGCUCGUGUUUCAUAAAUAAUUAUAGGAAGUGUGUUGAUUCUGGGAAUGAAUUGAUCAUUUAUUAUAGGCAUAUACAUUUAAAUGUAAAAAGUUGAGUGCAGUGCAGAUUGGCUUGUAUAUGUGUGUGUUUUGAGAGAGAGAGAAAGGCCUUACAUGCUUGAGACAGAUUAAAAGGCUUUGAAAAUGUAUGUAUUAAAAAUGUUAAAUUUAAAUUUUAUCACUGGUAAUAAUAUGUUUGGUUAAUAUAGUGAAAUUACUUUGGAGGUGUGCAUAGGAAAUUUUAGUUGAACAAUUAGAAUUACAAAGUAUUGUUGUGGAAAGUAUGUCUCGUUUGGGUAAAAAUAAAGAAAACUUUAUGGA